AUGAAGUUGUUUGUUGCCCUCCUUGCUACUCUUCUCAUUGUGGCGUCCGUGGAGGCUAAGAAAAAAGUGAAGAGAGCAGCCCCUGCUGACCCAACCGAAAAACAAGCAUUCAAAUUUCGCAACCUGAAAGAAGCCAACAACUUGAACCAAAUCCCAGUUCUCAAAACACCAACUCCCUAUGAACAAUGCAAAAUGAAAUGCAAGGAGGAAAGAGAUUCUGUGGCUAUUACUGGAUACAUUCAACAGUUGAAGGACGAAUUGGCUGCCGCUGAGUUGUUGGAAGCUCAAGCUGCCGCUGCAGCUCAAGCUGCUGCUGAAACUGCUGCCGCAGCUGAAGCUGCAGCUGCUGAGGAAGCUCAGGCUGCCUUAGACGUUGAAGGUCAACAAGCUUCUCAGACUAUCACCUCAUCAGCCGAAGUUGAAGAAGAGCCAAAGGCUUUGUUGAGAGAAAUUGCUGAAGCACAUGAUGUGAUCAGAGAAGCUGCCGCCCAAGUUAAUAAGAAUUGA